AUGCCUGGCGUACAACAUCUUAUCGACUUCGUGCUAAACGAAGUCGCGCUCUGCGGUAAUCAAGGUGCAACAUUAUCUGAUCUACUGCAAGCCAUUGAUGAUUUCCAUACACAAUCUCAGGAUGUGAUGGAAAACCAGAACAUUGACCAUCGUUUCAAAGCCAAAGUCUGGUCCUGGCUCACGACUAACCCAGAGGUGUCUAUUGGCCAGCACAAUGAAUGGAACCAUCUCACCUUGAGUGAAGCCGAGAAGCUUGAUUCACAAACAAGGGAGAAAGAUGAACCCGAUAGCAAUUCUCUAGAGCUCAACCAAAUCGCAGAUCAGAAUCCUGAUUUACCACCGCUUCGAAUCUUUGUCUCCGAAGAGAGAGCCUGGGUUGCCAUCACUGGCCAUCCACCAGAUGAAUCCAAGGUACUGCCCCUUGAAUUUGCCUUACUGUCGGUGAUUGCUUCGCGCAAGUCAAAGGGUAUUGUGCAGCCGGACCUGGUGAGGCUCAGUGGCCAGGAUAAACGGUCUGUUCCGAAGCGUACCGAUGCUUUGCAAAGAAAAGGAUACAUCGACAAGCGACCUGUUCAAACAAAAACGGCCAGAACCAGCCUCUGCACGCUGCAGCGAUUCUACCGCCACACUAUUAGCGAUCAAACAAAGUCAGAACCGCAAUCGGAGAACAUGAUUGAUUUCGACAGCUUCAACACCAGCCUGUUCAACAUUCUCCGAGAGCACCAGCUGAUUGCACGCAAUGAUUUGAAACGACUCCUCGGCUUUGAUGACCAUUGGCGUUGGAAGGUCUUGUCCCGUGCCCUCCGCAAGUGGGAGCGGAUAGGCGUGGUACAGCGUGUGAGAGCCGAAUCGCAAUACGAAAGAAUGCAUCCUUGUGUGAAGCUUUUACGGGAUCCCACAGGGCAAGAUCUGGAACUUUUCCAUGAAUUCAAUUUCGAUGUCUUGAACAAGCAUGGGGUGCGAGCCAAAGGAACCAAACCUACCCCGGACCAAGAAGACCGAGAAAUGCAGCUGGGGGGCCAAACCAAAAGAUCGCCUAGUCUGGAGGACGGUGGGGUUGAUAUGAUCAAAGAGCAUGUUGGAGAUGCUGUACGUAUCGUACCGUCUUGGACGCCGGAUCGUAACCUCAACAACCAAAUCUUUGACAUCGUUCAAAGAACAGGUACAACAGGCAUCACGAACCAGACCUUAAACUUGACUUGCUUUGGGUCCUUUUUCAAGAGACCCGCUGAAAGUAUGGUGCAUCGCUUGGUCGACCUAUGGCAAGUGGCCCAGCCACUUCAUCUCCGCCAUUACGCCAUUGUUCGAGAUAUGGCAAUGAAAAAGACCAUCAUGUUUUAUGUCCACUAUUCGGUAAACAACUUCGCAAAGCUCGUUGAAGCUGGCCAGGCAUCAUGGGAGGCCGUUGAGAUUCCAGCCAAGAAAGCCAAAUCGCUAAAGAUCCAGGCACCUCCAUUUGGUGCUCUUCCUCAGCUUGAUGAGCAUGGAUUCCUUAAAAAGGAAUUCCCAAAGAAUAUGUUGAAGGAUCCAAAUUCAACUCUACUCGACGGGAUCACGGCUGUUAAACCGCCCAACUAUCUUCUUUCUUCGAGCGAUCCUUUUGUUGUUCAACUUCCAAACGGUCAAUAUGUGAUCCGCACACGUACUGAUAAACUCCCCCUGGCUCCAAGCAGCAGCAGAUUGAACCGCGCGACUGUCGAAAAGCGUGCCAGAGAAUCCAAAGCGAAAGACCCCAUAGCCAUAGAGUCUGGAGCUGGAGAACCCGAUGCUAGCCAAUCCGAACCCAGAGAAUCUCAAGCCGUGGAAGUUAAGCCGGAGCCAAGCCAAGGUUAUAGCUGGGAAUAUGUCGAAGAAUCCCCGCGAGCCAAGAGAGCCAAGAUAAAGCACGACAGCCUUAGAGGGUUAUCAAAGAAAGAGAAGUUUGAAGCACUUGGUAUGGAUGAGAGUUGGACUGAAUACAACGCUCUUGUCAUGGAAAAGCCUGCUCCUGGUGUGUAUGUGACUCCCCACGGCCGAAGACGACCAGCCGGCAAGGCCCGAGGUCGCCCGAGACAGAGCCGAAUUGCGAUCUUCAAAUCGCCACAGCUAGCAUCGAUGCCUUGGUUUGUCAAGGAUGAAGAUGAUUCAAGUGACGACGACAAGAUACGGGAUGAUGCUACCACUACUCGGGCAUCCGAGAGCCUUGCCCCUGAAGCUGCACAUUCAGUUAUCAACUCCGAGGGGCCUGCAAUGACCCCCACCCCGACAACUUCGAGGCGAGCCAAGAGAACUCUGCCCAAUGAGCCAGCGACCUCACCGGCAACAUCACCGGGCUUCCAAGCCAAUGAGCAGAGAACCGGGAGACCUGCCAAACGAUCUCGUCUUCGCAAGGCCCAAAAUGGAAACAACGAAGAACCCUCGAAGGACGCUAACGAGAUAUUGCCCGAGGUUGUAGUUCCAGCACUCCAAGAGGGUUCGAUCAAAGCGAGUACACCACGCCAUCGUGACAAGAGUGCCAGCGCUCGUCUACUCGAGGACGAACAAACUGAAACUCCCUCAAAGCGACGCCGUGUGGCAUCCUCCGACUGUGCGACUCUACAAUCCCCAACACCUCGUCCAUCUGAUGUUCCGACUCCACGAUCGGGCUCAGUGGCCCCCCAGAAAUUCAAUUUCAGCGCCCAUGGCACCAAGCCUACCAGAAAACCACGUGUUCGGAACAGAACCAACAUUAGAAACAUGCUGAUUCCAGAGGAGGAAGAAUCGGGAUCCCCUAAGCCUUUGAUUGGGAGAGGCGGAUCUAUCAGUGUCCUUCGGAGAAAGCUCAUUAUGGAAAUUAUGGAAAAGGCUGAUGGUGUAUAUCCCGCGGGCACUGCAAUGUGGUAUCCUUUUGUCACUGCAUGGAUGAAGUUCCAUCCCAAGGGAAAAACCAGACAUGCGAACUAUCAAUACUGCAUCGGCCGAGACACGAGAAAAGUGAUGGUAACAAGGACAUUGUUGUUGAAGCCUGAUAUCUCACCCGACGAUCCGUUGGUGAAAGAGAUGCAGAAAAAGAUUCUGGCUACUGAUUUCCACGAGUCGCGACCCUUCUUUUCGGCCAAUGUCGAGCUGGAUCCAAAUUUGACAAGAAAUAGUGGUCGACCACACGGUGCACCUCCCCGCACGCAGAGAUUCUCAUUCCCGGUAGAAGAAGGAACCCAUGUUCACUUACAACAAAAGCCUAUUUCCAUUGUGAACUUAGAGGCAAGAAGAAGGAGACAGGCCCAGACGAAUUUCAUCAAGCGUCUGGAAGCCAAAGCCAAAGCUGCCAAGGCUGCCGAAGAAGCUGAUGAACUGCCUGACCUGCCUGGGGUUCAGCGACUCAUGACACUCGCACGCCCUCCUCAAUUGGACCUUGAUUCUCAUCCGCACACAUCGAUUAUUCGUCCAUAUAUUCGAACAGGAACACGCGGUCCUGGCAAGCACCAAAAGUCUAUCAUACAUCCCAAGCGGGUGAUGAAACCAAUUUCCGCCAUCGGAGCGUAUGCCAUGUUGAUGAAUCCGGUGCAACAGUUUGAUUCGACUAGUGGAACUUUCUCCACAGGGUCGUGCUCGGCCAGACGCCGAAGAAAGCCAAUGGCAGCAAGACAGUCGGUUUUGAACAUUGAGAAAUCUGUCGACGAGUUAUCUAGACUGGCUUGCGACGAAGCAGAUUCGGAAAUCCCUAGUGCUGCCAAAGCGAAAAUUCCACUGUCAACAUUCACUCAAAAGACCAAAAAGAUCCUCAAAUGGGAGCUUCAUCAUCCAAAUCUCUUUGAAGCGAACCUUGAAGGCCAGCAGUUUAUCAACCAAACCGUUCAAGAUGCUUUCAAGCCAGCGCCGGUCACAGGCGGUAUUUGCUUCGACAUGGACAUACCUCCUCCAAAACAGCUUCAAGUGCCUGAAAUGCCUCAAGUGCCUCAAAUGGAACCGGAUUUGCCAGCACGGCGUAGCGAGGUCCGUCGCCAGCGUCAGUCUCUACCUGAACCUCUGCCCCAGCCUCCUGUAAUAACUACUCCGAUAACCGAGACACCAAAACGGACACCCAAACCAAGAAGAACACGGGCUCCCCGGGCCCCGCGUGCUCCUGUUACAGAUCGCCGUCUGGCCAAACUUGAUGAUACUGCAACAGCCGACAAAGAAGCACAGUCGGCGACCACCAAACGCAUUCGCCGACAGCGAUUCGUGCGCCCUAUCUCCGAGGAUCUCAAACAAAAGAUAGUGAUUGCUCUUGUCGUCGUUCGUGUGCUUGCAGGCGGAGCGGAAUCAAGAGUGAUCGAUUGGCCUCUUGUGACAAAAGCUUUCCCAGAUCAAGAUUCGUCUUUUAUCGAAGGGCGAGCGCGUCAGAUACUCAACAAGAAUCGCUUGCAGAUUACGAAGAUGCAUCGAGAUUUCCAAGAGUGCUUCCUUGAGGCUUAUGAAAAGGACGAAGUUCCGCCCAUUGACUAUUCCGAUUUGGACGGCUACGACUGGCCUGCCCUGGUUGAAUGGGCAAGCACUAGGCUCGAUGUUUCUCCGUCUGAACGGGCUCCGGACCUUCCAGCAACACGGCAGCAAUUCGACAGUGUUUUCGAACUACGCGAGGAUGCUAUUACGGCAGGCGACGAACUGUACCAGGCUGUGCAUGGUGUCACUAUCAACCACAAGCGCAACUUAAUGGCGCGCAAUCCAUUCGCUGUACCCGUGGAUGGUGAGACACGCGCCCAGCCGGUUUCACGAAAAGUUGGUACGGCACAACUUGAGGCUGCGAAGACAUGGGUUCGUGCAAAUAUCGUCACCGCAGAAGAGACCUACCGGCCCAAUGAGUCGAGCGAUAUCCUGCAGCGCUUUGGUGAUCGACUUAUCACCACUGCGACGCAGGCACUACUCAAUGAACGUGUCAUCAGCUCAACAACCCGUGGCCGCAUCACUCCGGGUCGCAAUUAUGAUAUCUCGGAAUAUUUCCUGCAGACACUGAGCCGCAAGCGUGCCGUCGAAAGCAGCCAGCUGCGUCGUGCCGCUCAUUUCAAGUCAAAGAUGCUAGAUCUACAAUUUCGAACUACCGGUGCAUCCGACGUGGAGUACACCGCAGAAGAUGGCGAUAUCCUCGCAUUGAUCAAUCUCUACGCUUCGGGUGCUAUUCAACUACGACCCCGCGAUGCCCCUCGCGCCAAGUUCGGCCUCACCGAUGGCGGCUAUGAAACUCGCCAGGUGGACAAGAAACGGUUCCGUUUCCCUGUCGAGAUUACUCCCACUGCAACGUACCGCUACGGCAACCCCGUCCAUGGCAAGGCUGCAGCCGCGUACCUUCCACCCGCGCCUUCACCAUCAGGCCCGGAAAUGCCACCUAGAAACCCCCUUUGGUACGACAUCAAUGGAGAGUUCAUACAUCGUCUCUGGGAUCUGGUUAUUGGCCCUGUUCUCGGGUGCCUGGUGAUGCGGCCUGGCAUCAAGGCUGCCAACAUUUCUAACAUGAUCAAGCCCACCAUGGGCGCAUGGGAAACUGUGUUGAUGCUGCAAUGGCUCGAGGAAGUUGGCAUUGUCAAGCCAGAUGGCGAGGGAGACAUGGCUUGCUGGAGAUUACAGGAGUCUUGGUGGAUGAUUCUAUCUUGA